UGAAAACCCGGAAAAAAACAAAAAUCAAAAUAUAUCCGAACCGAGCGGUCACAUCGCGCGUCAUCGAACAAAUAACGGAAGGCAAAACGCGUGCGUGCGCGUUUCACGACAAAAGCUUCAUUCGCGCGAAUUUCGAAAAUCUUUCUCCUCGGCGCGAGUUUUACGUUCCAUUGUUGUUGUUUUUAGGAUCAGGAAAGCAAAGCAAAAAGCAUAAAGAAGAAGUAAAACAAAGUUGUGACAAAAGCAACACACACCGACAACAGCAACAACAGCACCCAAGUGCCAAGUGAGUGCCAAGUGCAGAAAGUAGAAAUUUAUAGUUGCUGUAUUUUGUCGAAAUUAAAUUAUGUUAAGUGCUUGAAACAGCCCGAGGGUGAAGUGCAAAGCGAAAGGAAGAAAAAAAGAAACGCCGCCAGCCAGCCAGGGCACAAUAAAGCAGCGCGUUCCAACAUCCAGCGUCCUCAGCAGUCCCCCGGCCCCAUCCAUCCAUCUUCCAUCCUCACCAAAGAGAGGUGCAGGCGGCGCAAAUUGAAAAGUGAACGGAUUCGCGAGCACCAAAACUAAACAAGUUGCAAUGUGAAGAGCCCUAAAAGGACAAGUGCGAAACCAAGGAACAGAAGUUGUCAACGAGCAGGAGACAAUUCGAAGACGAAGGAGAACCACCACCAGCAGCAGCAGCAUCAGCAGCAGCUGCUUCAACGAUUGACAGGACAAAAACAAAGGCGACCACCAACCCAACCCAACCCAACCCAACCCCCGGGGCUUGGACAGCCAGCAGAGCGAAGCAGAGCAGAGCACGCAGCAAAAGUUUUCCCCUUAGUCGGUGCUUUCCAUGGCCGUCGCUGCGUUGCAUGCUACGAAGGCAACAACGGGGCAGCAACAUUAGAAGCGCAAUGUUCUGGCCAAAUACCGCAACGAAAUAGAAUCGAGAACGUGGAUAGUGUGCAUAGAGGAUAAAGGAUAGAGGAUAGAGGAGAAUAGAGGGAUAGGAAAGCACUCGACAGACAGCGCUGGCCAAAAAAGGAGCAAACUGCCAGUGACUGCCGCAUAUGUGUUUUGUGCUGCUUUUUAUUUUCUCUGUGUGAUGCCACAAGGACACACUUCAAGUGACAGCAACAGCAACGUCAGCGGGCAACAGACUCAAGUGUAGCAGCAGCAGCAGCAGCCCCACAAGGAGGCAAGCCUAGGGUGAGCGAGAAGGGAGGGGGCGAGAGACAGCUUUCCAUCUUAAACGCAGCAUGCGCAAGCACAAAGCGCCGCCCAGCGGCAGCCCAAGGACACAAACAGAUCCAGCUGCAGGAGCCGCAUCCACAGUGGAAAUUCAGGCAGAGCAGCAGCAGCAGCAGUGCCUGCUCCUAGGACACAAUCAAAUGGCCAGCAAUGGUCCCACUCCAACAGCAGCAGCAGCAACAGCAGCAGCGAGCACAGCUAGUCGCCUGGCAGCCCCCACCACCGUGAGCUGUCAGGACAAGCCGGAUCAGCAACAGCAACAGCAUCAGCCAGCUGCCAACUGCAGCAAGGAGCGACCUCAUCCCACCAUAAAGCUCAUGUCCUUGCUGCAGAUCGCCAGCUAUGUGCUGUGCCUGUGCGCCUUCAGCUUCGCCCUGUACGCCAAUGUGCGGCAGACGCGAAUGGAGCAGCGGCUGCAACGCCUCCAGCAGCUGGACGCACGCAUUGUCGAGCUGGAGCUGAGGCUGGAGCAGCAGCAGCUGCUCCACUGGCCCGCCGAGCACACGCAAAUUGUGGACAACAGCAACAACGGCACCCAGCACAUGACGUUGCAUGUGCGCCGGGAGUUGCAUCGGCUGCGUCGCGAUGUGUCGCACCUGCAGCUGACGCGACGCCAGCAGCGAAGGCAGGCUGCCGAGGCGGCAGCAGCAGCAGCAUCAGCGGGCGAGGGAGGAGCAGCAGCCGGAGGUCACGGCGAGUGCCAGUGUCAAGCAGGUCCUCCAGGACCGCCCGGCCCACCCGGCAAGCGAGGGAAGCGCGGCAAGAAGGGCGACACCGGCGACAAGGGCGAAGGGGGUCUCAAUGGCAUCAGCGGCGAGAAGGGCGCGGCUGGGAAGCCCGGCGACAAGGGCCAGAAGGGCGACACCGGCCAUCCCGGCAUGGAUGUCUUCCAGACGGUGAAGGGUCUGAAGAGAUCGGUGACAACGCUGCACGGCGGCACGUUGGGCUAUGCGGAAAUAGUUGCUGUUAAGGACUUGCAAAAAGCUGGCGUCAAUGUAUCCGCUUCCACAGUCAUACAGCUAAAGGGUGAGCCUGGGGAGCCUGGUCCGCCAGGACCUGCCGGCGAGCCGGGCCAGCCGGGGGUGCCCGGCGAGCGAGGACCACCAGGCGAAACUGGAGCGCAGGGCGUUCAAGGCGAGGCCGGGCAGGCGGGUCCAGCCGGACCGCCUGGCGUGUCUGGUGCACCUGGCACGAAGGGUGACAAAGGCGAUCGCGGCGAUCGUGGCCUAACCACAACCAUCAAGGGUGACGAGUUCCCCACGGGCAUCAUCGAGGGUCCGCCGGGACCGGCUGGACCACCUGGUCCACCAGGGGAGCCCGGCGUGCCCGGCGAGGCGGGACCCAUCGGACCAGCUGGACCCCCCGGCGAGAAAGGACCGCGCGGCAAGCGUGGCAAGCGGCUCUUUGGGCCUGGUGGCACGAAGCUGGACGAGGACUAUGACGAUCCGCCGGUGACACUGUUGCGUGGCCCGCCAGGACCGCCUGGGCUGGCUGGCAAGGAUGGACGCGACGGACGCGAUGGCAGCAAGGGCGAUGCCGGCGAGCCCGGCGAACCUGGUUCCUUGGGGCCACGCGGCUUGGACGGCCUGCCUGGGGAGCCCGGCAUAGAGGGGCCGCCAGGUCUGCCCGGAUAUCAGGGGCCGCCUGGGGAGAAGGGCGAUCGCGGGGACAUUGGGCCGCCAGGAUUGAUGGGGCCACCGGGUCUACCUGGCCCACCUGGCUAUCCUGGCGUCAAAGGCGACAAAGGGGAUCGUGGCGAUUCGUACCGUAAGAUGCGUCGUCGCCAGGAUGACGGCAUGGCCGAUGCCCCACACAUGCCCACCAUCGAAUACUUGUAUGGCCCACCGGGACCGCCCGGCCCCAUGGGCCCGCCAGGACACACAGGCGCCCAAGGCGACCGCGGCUUGGAUGGACGCAAAGGGGAUUCGGGCGAGAAGGGCCACAAGGGUGAUCAGGGGCCCAUGGGGCUGCCGGGCCCGAUGGGUAUGAGAGGAGAAUCCGGGCCCUCCGGUCCGGCGGGCAAGGCUGGCAUACCGGGUCCACCUGGCUUGGAUGGCAUGAAGGGUGCCCAGGGCGAGACGGGACACAAGGGAGAGCGAGGCGAUCCGGGACUGCCGGGCACCGACGGCAUACCCGGCCAGGAAGGUCCGCGCGGGGAGCAGGGCUCACGUGGGGAUGCUGGCCCGCCCGGGAAACGGGGACGCAAAGGAGAUCGCGGCGACAAGGGCGAACAGGGCGUGCCUGGACUGGACGCACCGUGCCCCCUCGGCGCCGAUGGGCUGCCGUUGCCCGGCUGUGGCUGGCGGCCGCCAAAGGAGCCAAUCAUCUCAACGCCCGUGCACAAGGAUUAUUUGCCCGAUGUAACGCAGCCGGAAAGCAACGCCAGCGAUUACGAGCAGGAGGAGGAGGAGGACGGACAGGCGGAGGCGGAGGAUAAUGAAAACGAAUAUGAUGAAUAUCAGGAUAAUUUGCAUAACAAUGAGUGAAAAGGAAACAGGCAGACAACCGACCCAGAAAAUGGCAAACACAAACACAAACAUACCAAAGCAAACAAACAGACCCGCUCUCUGAGACACACACACACCCACACACACA